AUGAGUCACAAUCUGCAAAGCGCCGUCUUGAUGCUCCUCCUGUCCGGUAAGGACUGGAUUUUUGCGGAGGAGUCGGGGACUCUGCAGGAGCUGUACGGGCUGACUGAGAAAUUAUUCGAUGAACCCAACAAGCAUCUCACCGAGGACGAGAGGGCGUCUAUUGUCGCGAUGAUCGAGGCGAUUCGUAAGAGGAAGACCGGAGAAGAACGUUAUAAGGUUCUCGAAGGCAAGAGCGAGGGAGGAUGGAGUGCUGGACGCUCGGCCUUGAAGAAAUGGUUCACAAAACAAAAGGUAUCUAACAACAUAGGUCAUGCGAUUGACGACGCGUACAAUGAGUGCGGAGUAGCACCGCUGCAACUAAUCAAUAACGAGGGACUUCAGGAAGGGGAGGAGUUUCCGAACAUUACAGAUGCGGAAGGCGCCAGGGAGGACGUCCUGCUCGCGAUUGCUGGCGAGAACGCAAUGGAACGGGUGCCGCGUGGCGAUUUUCGUGAUGCUUGGUAUGCCAUCAACCAUCACGCCUGGGAGCGUCACCGCAAACGCUACAGGCGUGCCAAGACAGGAUUGCCCAUGAAAAAACUGGCUGCGUCCGUAGCCGUGAAAGAAAUUGAGGACGCGGAUGAGGUCACUGCCAAGCAGCUGCGUGAGGCGACGAAGGCCGUCAAGGCGCUCAGCAUGGCAGUCGGGUGGUUCCCCGAGGAACAAGAUCAACUGGGGGAAUACGAGGAGUUCUUGAAAGAGGUCGUCGUGGUUGCGGUAGCAAAGGUUAGGCAAGUGCCAAAGGAGAAGGUGACGGUGAAAACGGACAACACACCUGGCCGCAAACGUGGUGCUCAGCGUGCGCGCAAGGUUAAGUCGGGCUCUCUCGUUGCCGCCGGUGACGUGGAGGAGAUCUGGGCGCUGUAUGUUCAGAUGUUUGAAACUGAACCCGGUCAGUUAGAGGCCCCACAAGACGAGGAAGACAUAGAAGACAGCGGGAAAGCUGCCUGGAACGACGCUUCUGAAGACCUCGGCGUGGAUGGUUGGCGAGAGAUGGAUAACGACAAACUUAAUCACCUGCUGCAGUUCCCGGGUGGCAAGCCCGUACUUUUUGCCGAGUUUCGCUCGAAAACUGGGUUGUGCGCGUGGGAUGCGGCGUCGACGUCGAAAUUCGUGGAAGGCAACGAGGACAUGGAGCCGUUGGCCCUCCUGUGGCAUCAACGGGUUGGUGUCGCUGCGAUGGUCGACAAGAUCUGGUCUGCUUCCAAGUCGGAUGAGGAGGUGCCAGGGAUGCUGAUCGCUGAUGAGGUCGGCGUGGGUAAGACAGCACUCACCAUGGGGUUCAUUGCUUUCGUUAUCGAUGCCUUCUGGAUCCAGGAAGUCGCAGCUGGGCGAGGGAGACCAGAUGGGGUGACAUCGACCAUAAACGUCACUAACGUGCGCCCCGCUCCAAUUCUGGUUGGUGUCUAUGUUGGUGGUGGUGUUGGCAUUGACGCGAGUAGCGGUCCCCUGAGGGAGCCGUUUCUGACCCACCAACCGUCGGGUGGUGUUGAUGUUGUUGAUGUUGCUGGUGCUGCUGCCGAACGCCCAUAUUUUGCAGGCAUGGAUGCCAUCCCCAACCUCCCCCACGUCAUCAUCGUGCCCAAUUCACUCAAUAGUCAGUGGUACUCCGAGCUCCGUACAUUUUUCGCGCCCAAAGCAGUUGAGAUAUAUAAUUACCCCACCGCGGAGAGCGAGUUCGGUGAAUUCUUCAACGGUGCUUGGGCAACCUCCGCCACUCCAUUAAUUCACCGCAUCAUCUUGGUGAAUCACUCAGUUAUGAACACGAGCGGCAAAGUGUUCGAUACACGCAAAGGUGUCCCUGGGCACAACAGCAACAAGGCGUCUGACGACAUGCGUUCGCUGAAGUUACGCAAGCAGGCUGCAAAGUGCCUGUGGGCGCGUCAGAAGUUUCUUACCGCUUCCGUGGACGAGGUCCACGAUAUGCGCAACCUUACCGCCGGGUUUUACGCGACCUUGGAGGUGAUGAAGGCAGCUAUAGUCAAACUCCUGUCGACUGGCACCCCGUUGUACACGGGUCCAAAGGACCUCUGCAACUUAGGCCGUUUGGCCCGCAUCCCAUAUUUCAUGGGCAAGCUUGGCGAUGACCGCGACAAGGAGCACCUCAAGCAACUUCGUGCGGCCCGUCGCAGCAUGACUCACGAAGAUAAGAUUGAUGCCGCAGCGCACACCGUUCGUUUGUUGGCUGCCGGUUCCAAAAGUCACGACGACGAGCCUGAAGCGAGGAUCCGUAUUCGGACGGCCACGACGAACUGGGUCACCAACAUCAAACGUGGCUACCGCGGGCGUGUUAUUCGACGGACGGUCGAAUCGAUUACUUUUGACGGCAAGAAGAUCAACGACACGUUGAUCCCCUACAAGAUGGUGAUGGUGCCCGUCCAGCUCAGUAAAAAGGAGGUGGAGAUAAAUGAGAGCGUCAUGGCUCAGAUCACUCGCUCCUCCAUGGCUGCAACGCUGGACGAGACGUCCAACUUCAACACGGUACGUGACCGGCUCCCUGAGGGAGCCUAUCUACUGGACUUCCACGCGGAAGCUGCAUUUGCACGCCAGAUCAUUCGGAACACGAAAUGCACUGAUUAG